AUGUAUGCGAAAGAAGAAAUAGAAAUGAAUGAAUUCUAAGUUGAAGAUCCACAAGAACUAUCGAUAGAAGAGCAAAUCUCUGAGAAAAUGAAACCUUAAAUAUCUAGCUCAGAACUAAAAGCUAUCAUUAGAUUUACUGUAUUAUAUUUUGUGAUUGGAAUACCAGCUGGAUUUUAUGCCUCAUUGACUCUUCUUCUUUAGGGAAGUGGCAUUUCAUCAGGCUAGAUGGCUUUUUGGGUUACUAGUCUUUAUCCAUUAUCUUUCAAAUUAAUCUUGGCUCCCUUUGUGGAUAGUUUCUAUUUAAGUAAAUUUGGAAAGAGGAAGACUUAUGUGAUACCUUCCUUGUAUAUGCUUGGUUUAACAUUCAUAACUCUGGCAUAUAGUGGGUAUUCGUAAUGGAUAGAAGAACUUAAUUUGUAUCCUUUGUUUGGAUUAACAAUAUUACUUACAGUUUUGUAAGCGUGUGCAACCAUAGCAACUAAUGGAUGGGUUCUAACAUCUUUCUCAAAACAUUAUGUUCAUUUGGGGGCAACUUGUUAGAUGGUUGGAUUAUCAUUAGGAUUUGUAUUUAGUUAUGCUAUAUUGAUGAAUAUAACAUCUGGUUACUUUUGUCAUGAAUAUUUGGGUUUAGAUUAACCAAUAAUAUCAUUAAACUCAUACACAUAUAUUUUAGGUUCUUUAAUAUUAUUAAUAGCAAUUAUCACAUAAUGCUUAGUUACUGAAGAUUAUUUAGAGGAGGAAAAACCUAAUUUUAUCUAGGUUUUAAGAUUAUCAUUUUCAUUAUUAAGUAAUCCAAAUUUACGAUUUUUAUUACUGUUUCUGUUAACAAGGAGAUUUGCAUUUGCUCCAGUGAUAGCAUCAACAUCAUUAAACUUAAUUCAAAUGGGAUUCCCUUAAUCUGAAUAUGCGUCUAUUGAAGCUCUAUGUACUACAUCUUGGAUAUUAAGUUCUUUAUUGGUUGCUAAGUACUUAUAAAGAGGGAAGGAGAUGACUUGGGUAUUAAAUGCUUAUUAUCUAAUGUUUUUGGUUAUGGCAACUCAUUUUGUUUAUGUUAUUAGCUUUAUCAAAAUGGGGGGAUAUAAUAAGUUUACUUAAGCCUUUGUCUUAUAAUAUCUAUAUGAAUUUAAUAAUUCAUUUAUUUCAUGCACAUUAUCUGCAUUCUUUUUGAGAAUUGCUGAUCCAACCAUUGGUGGAACAUAUGCCACAUUAUUAUUUAGUUGUUAUUUAUUUGGAACUUAGUUUUCCGCUAGUGUUUCCUUAUUUUUAUUGCAUCUGCUUCCAUACAAAACUGUUGUGCUCUUAGGAUGGUUAUAUGGAUUGAUUUACUUUACAGUUAUCAAAGAUAAAUUAAUUAAAUUACAAUUUUUUGAUUUAAAAUCUUGGAAGCUUAUGUGA